GAAGUUCCAGGCUUUUCCAACUCGUCGCUCUUGCAGCCUCAACAAAGCUCUGCACCUGGGUAGUUCCCAAAAUAAACCCUUAAGAUUCAACGGUUGCUCCUCAAUGGAUCAACAAUGGCGUUCCAGACCUAUCCAAGGUACUGUUUGCCCUGUCUGCUCAACCCCUCACUUACCUUUUUGUCCUCCGCCCCUCCCAUAUUAUACACCUUCUAGAUUUCCAUUCGAAGGCGAUCCCUCCUUUCAAAGACCAGCCUAUCCAGGACCUCCCGGAAUGCAUGGGUCCUAUGUUGCGAACCGUAAUGAUGGCUUCGCUGAUCCCAGUUUCUGGCAUGGAAACCCUAAUUGGGAUAAACCUUUACCUGGGCAACCGCCCUUCCAGUACCCUAGGGACAGUUUUAGGCCCCCACUAUAUGAACAUGGCCGUCCUAACGAUUAUGUCGAUGAGGGUGAUCGAACUUUCAAGAGGCCGAGGGUAGGAGAUGAUAGUUCCGGUUCUGCCAUUUUCUUAAAUGACUUCGAUAAAAACCCUGCGAGAAACUUGUCGGAGGAUGAGCGAAGAUUGAAGUUAAUUCGUGAUCAUGGGCUUGCUCUUACUAAACCUCCUGAAGAGCAGAAUCUUGGCGGACCUGGGAGACUUAACCAGAACGGGUUUCAUUCGGACGUAAACCAAGGUGUAUUUCGCAGGGAUGAGAAAGAUGUGGUUCGACAUCCUCAGAAUGGUGAAUUUUUGCCGUUCCAGCAUGGUCAACUCAGAACUUCUCAGCAGCAUAUGUCUUGGCAUCAGGCUAAUGACGCUGGGGUAGCACAUGGAUCUGGUUACUCUCUUAGGGACGGUUGGCAGGGAAGUGCGGCACCUUACCCUGAGCAGACUGCUAAUGGUGAUCCGAACAAACUGCUACCACUAUCUUAUGGAACACCGAAACAUGUUCAAGUCAGACAUGAUUUUCAUUCCUCUGCUCCGUCAAGCAAUGUAACCUUGCCUCACGAGUUUAACUUUCCACCUCAGGAGGGAAAUCAAACACAAGUUGGACGACAAGAUAUAUGCGGACUGUCUCAACGUAGUACAUCUAAUUUGAAUGGAAGAAACUUAUACGGUCCCUAUUCUUACGCUCCUGGGAGCAGCAAUUUUUCUGAGAAUAGGAGUCCAAUGGAGGCUUCAAGGAUCUUUCAUGGUCAGCCUCCUCUUCCUUCUUCUCCACCACCUCCUCUUCCGUUAGAACCACCAAUGAACCAACCCAAGGUGCCUGCUUCUCUUUUUCCUGUUUCUGUCAAUUCCUCGGCUGUGGCUUCUUCACCAUAUCCCAAAAUUUCUGAAGCUCACUCUUUGCCUCAACCCAAGUUUCCCAAUCAAUCUCUUCCACAAUCUUCUGCUGGGUUUCCCUUUGAGGAACCUUCUAAAUUGGGAGAUGCCAAAUCCUUUUCGUUAAAGCAAUUAUCUGAUGAUAAACCCAAGUGCAUCAAUGCGUCCCACUUAUUUAAGCACCCACAUCGAACUACUCGGCCUGAUCACAUUGUGAUAAUUCUUCGAGGUCUUCCUGGUAGCGGGAAAAGUUACUUGGCAAAGAUGUUGCGUGAUCUAGAGGUUGAAAAUGGUGGUGAUGCUCCACGAAUUCACUCUAUGGAUGAUUAUUUUAUGACUGAAGUUGAAAAGGGUGAUGAUAAUGAUGCUUCAAAAUCUUCAAGUUCAGGCAGAGGCAAGAAGCCUGUGAUGAAGAAGGUCAUGGAGUAUUGUUAUGAACCUGAAAUGGAGGAGGCUUACCGGUCAAGCAUGUUAAAGGCAUUCAAGAAGAAUGUUGAGGAGGGAGCUUUCACCUUUAUAAUCGUGGAUGACCGCAAUCUGCGGGUAGCUGAUUUUGCUCAAUUUUGGGCAACUGCAAAGAGAUCGGGUUAUGAAGUCUACAUUUUAGAAGCUAAUUACAAGGACCCUGCGGGUUGUGCGGCCAGAAAUGUGCAUGGAUUUACACAAGAGGACAUAGAAAAGAUGGCUGGGCAAUGGGAAGAAGCUCCAUCCUUGUACUUGCAGCUUGAUGUGAAGUCGUUAUUCCAUGGCGAUGAUUUAAGGGAAAGCAGAAUUCUGGAGGUAGAUAUGGAUAUGGAAGAUGAUAUUAGUGACGCCUUACCUGUGGUGCAAGCAAGAGAGGAUGAGAAAACUGUUGACUCUUCCGUCAGAGAUGAUACUAGUGAUGGUUCCUUACUUGAAGGGCAGAGAUUGGAUGCUGAAGAAGAACAUCCGACAGAGGUCAGGGAAUUAGGCAAGAGCAAAUGGUCAGAAGAGUUUGACGAAGAUGAGAAUGAUCGAACUGAAGUGGGGAAGGGUAACGCUAGUGCUCUUUCUGGGUUAAUUCAUGCAUAUGGCAAGGAAGGAAAAUCUGUACAUUGGGCUGAUGAGAUUGGCAAUAGAGGGUUUUCAAUAAGCGCUACAAAGAAGGCUAAUGUUUCAUCUUUAGUGAUUGGACCGGGUGCUGGGUACAAUCUGAAAUCAAAUCCAUUAACUGAAGGGGAGAGUCCAACAACCCAUAACAGUGCAGAGCCAAAGAAGUAUAGCAUAUUCCAAGAAAGAAUCCGGGCUGAGCGUGAAUCCUUUAAAGCAGUAUUUGACAGGAGACGGCAACGGAUCAGUGGACUUGAUGUUGAUGAGGACUGAUGGAGAAUUCCGGGAUGCUUAAUGUUACUGUUCUCACAUGAUGGAUGUUGCAUUAUUAUUGCUUCUUGCAUUCAAUUGAUCAAUGUGAAAACAAGAAGUUGAAUUACUGGCUUGUGGGGAAAGAGAAAAUAUAGUCUCAGCCUCGGCUUCUGAUUAAACUUCCUUUCAUACAAAUACUGGUAGAGCACUUAGGGAUCAAGUUUGCAAAGAAGGACCAGAAGGGAAAUUGGAGUCAUCUUUGGAUGUUUUUCAAUGGCUAUGUGCUGGGUGACAUGCGCCUACUAUUGUCAUAUUUUAGAGAAAUUCGGUUCCUGAAGAUCACGUAGGGGUUUGCAUUUUCUGGGCAUCCUUCACGUCUGCUAUAUUCUCACGUCUGAUAUCCGCUUCUCGGUGAAGAUGGGAGUGGGAGGUGGGUUCUGUAUUCUGAUGCUUCUAAGCAGAGUUUGCUGUUCUCGAAAUAUGACUUUAUAAUUGUAGUGCUGCGAAGUGGCUAUUUUGAUUGGCCCUUCUUAAAGGCAAAACUUUGAUCACUCUUUGCUUGUGGCCUUCUGAUAUUAGCAAAGCGGAAUAGCAGUCAAGGACCAGAGGCUGGUUUUUGUGAAGAACAAUUGAACGAAGGGAGUUUUUUGACGUGAUGUUUUAAUAUGAUUAGGAUCUGACUCGACAGCCUUCUGAAGUUCCAGCUUCUUUAGGGAUACGGUGGCACGUGCUGUGUGCUAUUUGUUAUAUGUUAGCCAUUCACUGUACCUCAGCUUACACCAUAGAGAAGCACUAGUCUGGUGACCAUAGUGGAUAUCUUUCCCCCUCCCCGUCCCCCAAGCUUCUCCUUACAAUUUUAUCGGAUGUCCCUGAAGGACCUCCAAUAGCUCUGUCAAAGCUGCUAAUCAUGACAAAAGCAUAAUUAUCAGUUUGACACCAGCAGUCGAGCAGAAACGCAAUUGAUUUGUAUACUUCGUGACGCGCUCAGUUUUCUCUUGAUUAUGAUGGUGUAUGAUCCACAUACGAAGUCGGCUAAAUUGU